AUGACAGACAUAGAUAGUAGUAGAUGUAGUAUUCACAAAGAUGAAUUGUAUAAACUGAUUUGUAUUGAAUGUAAUGUGUUGCUGUGUUCGGUUUGUUCAGUAGAUCAUAAUGGUCAUAUUUACAAUCAUAUUCACAAUCUAAAGAAUAGUGAUGAUAAUUCCAAUUUAAAAUGUUCUCAUCAGAAUCAAGCAUUGGAAUGUGGAGAAAAAAGGUACAGGUGUUCAGAAUGUAGUGAUAUAAAGUUUUGUGAGGAAUGUUAUCACUCUCCAAAAUCAAAUGAAUGUCAUACUGAUAAAGCUAUCUUACCUCAUCAAUGUACAAUUGAGACAAAAACUGAUAGUGAAUAUUUAGAAUCCAAUGAAUCUGAUAGAUUUUAUCAAUGUUUUAUGAAUGCAUUCAAUAGUUUUUCUCACAGGAAUUGUAUUGGUGUAAGACCUGUUGCAAAUGAGCCAACUGUAAAUUGGUUGACAUUUAAAGAUGUUUAUCAAAAUUCUGAAAUGUUUGGAUCUGCUUUAAAAAUGAAUGUUAAAUAUGAAUCAAGAGUUGGAAUAAUGCUUAAUAAUGUUCCUGAAUGGUAUUUCGUAGAAUUUGGAUGUCUAUUUUAUGGAUACACUCUUAUUCCUAUCAAUCAUUAUAUCAAUAAUGAUCAAUUAUUGAAUAUCCUUAAGAUUGGAGAACCAUCAGUUCUUGUGGUUUCAAAGAUAACAUUUCCAAAAUUACUAAAUGUGAUAAACAACUAUUCAAAUUUAACAUUGAUCAUACAUGUUGGUGAUGAUUAUGAUCAAAAUUUGAAAAAUCAACUUCCACAACAAAUCAAAUUCAAAUUAUAUUCUGAAUUCUUAUCUACUGUUUCUGAAAUUGCUCCACAUUCACCAUUGAUCAAUGGUAUUUUAUCAAUUGUAUUUUCAACUGGUAGUACUGGUGUUCCAAAAGGAGAGAUGUGCAAAGAUAGAGAUACUACCAAUUGUUUAAAAGCCUUUUCUUUAUUGAAAAUAAGCCUUAUUUCUAUCAGUUAUCUUUCUCUUUCUCAUACUCAAAGGCUAAUGGAUUUAACUAGCAUAUUUCUUGGAGGUAGAUUCAUAAUUUACUCUUUGGGUACAGAGAUAGAACCAUUUAUUAAAGAGUGUUCAAUGGUUAGACCAACACAUUUCUGGAAUUUCCCAACAUUUUAUAAUCAAAUAUAUUCAAAGUAUCAAAGAAGAUUAGAAAUACUAAAGAAAGAACAACCAAAUCUUUCAGAUGAUGAAGUUGAUUCAAUAGCAAUUAGAGAAACAACAAAUGUUUUUGGAGAUAGAAUUCAACACAUAUCAGCAGGAGGUGCUAAAAUAGCUCCACAUAUUGAAAUAUUUUUGAAGAAAUGUUGGGGAAAUCGCUUUUUUAUCCACUAUGGUUGUACUGAAUCAUAUGGUAUUGCAUCUAAUGGUAGAAUUAAAAGUGAUGUGGAAUAUAAAAUCAAUGCAAUACCUGGUUUCAGAGAUGACAGUCCAUUUCCAGUUGGUGAAUUAAUUGUCAAAUCACCAAGAACUAUUGAAGGUUAUAUCAACAAAGAUGGUUCAAAUGAAAAGAAUUUCAGAAAUGGAUGGUUUGCCACUGGUGAUAUCGUUGAAGAAUAUGAACCUGGAUUUAUUAGAAUCCUUGAGAGAGUUAGUUACUCUUUCAAAUCAUCAUUUGGAAGAUUUAUAUCACCCGAAAUCAUUGAAUCAAAUUUUUAUUCAUCAUCUUUGAUUAGAAAUAUAUUCAUUUAUGGAACAUCAUUACAUCCAUUUUUGGUUGGAAUAGUUGUACCUUCUCAAUUGGCUUUGGAGAGAUUCAAUCUAACAUAUGAUCAAUCAAAUAUUGAUCAACAUCAAGAUCUGAAAGAAUCUAUCAUCAAUGAAAUAAAUAUCAUAUCAAAACAAAAGAAUAUUAUAUUUUGGGAAAUUCCAAAGGCAAUAAAAUUGGAUAAUACCAUUUGGACUGUUGAUAAUCAUCUUUUAAAUGGAUCUUUCAAAUUCGAUCGAAAAGAAAUCACAAAAUACUAUCAAGAAUCUUUGGAUCAAUUAUUAUCAGGUAUAAAUGAAAAUGGUAGUUCAUUCUUCUAA